CACCAGAAAGUGUUCGGUCUUUUUUCCGCACACCUCGGUCGUGUUAAAGUCCGAGAUAUCUAUUUGGUGCGGUUGUUCUUGCGUUCACACCGAGUCUUUGACUUUAUCAUCACCUUCCCGGUAGAACUUGCUCCAUCUCCAUCAUAAUGCGCGUCUCCUUCCUUUACUUCGGGCUGGCUGUCCCUGCCAUGGGCGUCCUCGUUCCACCGACCUACGAGAAGGUGUCUCCCGAGAUUGCAGAGAACCAGAGCAAAACGGUCGAUGGCAAAACAACCUGUCCAAGCAGAACGAACGCCUAUUGCUGCGAUACCCUUGAUUACUCCGGCUUCCAAGUCGAAUGCAUUGGGCCCGGAAAGGUCGAUUAUCUCGAGAAAUGCUUAGACUAUGAGCCUCGGCCGAUGUGUUGUUGCGUGUAUGAGUUGAAUCCUGACAUGCCACAUGUAAGUGAUGAUCACUCGUCAAAACCCUAUGGUUACCGCAUCGUGGAGUGGUCAUCCCCAAAACAGAAAGUCGUUGAUGAUGUGGACCAUAAUAACUCCGAGUUUAUGAAAAUCAGGUCCCAAGAGAGAUCAGCUGCGAUAAGGACUGCAAUGCGCUGAAGGAGCCGGAGGCCAAGGACAAGGUCAUCGGGGACUUGUGAUAUCGCGCGUGACGCCAUGUCGUCUUCGCCAUACUCGUCGGUUAGGCGUAGAACCCCUAGAGGGUGGACUCCACCAACCUAACCGACAAGUAAAUACAGUCAAGCUCGUUUCCGUUUCUGCUUUCUGGUCCUGGUUUUGGUUCUCGCGAUCGAAGUCGUCGCCAUGCCGGUU